AUGGAUACAAAAUCAUCGGAUACAAAUGAUUUGGUUCCGACGAUUGAAAGUAUUUCGUUGCGUUUUGGAAGUAUAUCAGCGUCAUCUUCAGUUACGCAGGUUUGUGUUUUUUUUUGUGGGCUGGAAAGGGGGGGGGGGUCAAAAUUUUCAAUCAGCUGACCGACAAAUUACGGGAUAGUUUAAUUGCCAUAGAAGAUGCUCUUUCGGGUCAUAUUUUUUUCACGAACCUUUUUCAAAAAAAAAAUUGCAAAAUUCGAAUGAUAAUUGCAUAUUCAAAUUUAAAAAUACACACCCGCUUCCCAAAAUUUUCUAAUUUUUCAAACUCAAAGAACAUACAUGAAAUUUUAUUUCAGGAUGGAACCAUUGAUCAAGAUUCGAAAAAACGAAAAAAUACAAAUGAGAAUCGAGUUUGGAAAAGUAAGGAGAAAAGUUUGAGCGAAGAGCCGAUUGGAUUAGCUGGAUUGAGACGGUCUGAAGAACGAAAUCGAGAUUUGGUUGGAUCCAAUGGCGUUUUUGGUUUUGAUAAGUGAGUUGGCUUCUAGUUCUGGACUAUUUUAAAACUUGUUUUUUUUCAGAAAAUGUAAAUUGAGAUUUAAAAGUCCAUCAGACAAUUCACAAAGUAUGGAAAGAACCAAUUAUCAUCAAACUUGUCUUGUGAAAAGAGUGAGUUCAUUUUUUCCAUUUGUUUUGCACGUGAAUUCCAAAAGUCCAUAAAUUGAUUAGUAGAUUUUUUGUUUCUUUGAAACCACUGGUCAAAAACUUAGGAGAGAGAGAAAAAAGAAACUUUACAAUAAAACCUUUUUCAACACAAUAAAAUUAGUUUAACAAAUUGAUGCGUCUAGAAAAUGCCCUUUUUUGAGAAUUAUUGAACUGAAAAAUAUUUUUGUUUGGUUUUGGAAGAAUAGGAAAAAUUAUAUGGAAUUUUUUCGGGACUUUCUGAAAAUUUUGUAACAACAAUGUAUUCUUCAAAAUUGAUAGGUCUAAAUUUUGAAAAAUGAAAAAUUCAGCGUUGGAAAAUUGCUCCUUAGGAUUUAACAUAACAGGCUACAAAUUUUGAAUUUUUCAGUAUUUUAUAAAUUUUUUGAAUUUAAAUUUUUAACAGCUCAAAUUGACGUUUGAAAUCAGGAUCUUAUUCAAAAUCUCUGACUAAACUUUUUAAAAUUUUCCGGAACAAACCUGAACUUUGGAACCUUGAAACCUAACUACAAAAACCCAAAAAAAAUUCCAGAACGAGAUGAGUCUUCGGAAUCACAUUCGAACAAGACUUUCUGCAUCGGCAAGUGAAAGUUCACUCUCUUCAACAAUGCCAUCAAGCACUCCAAUAAUCCCCAAAACAAUCAGCCCGAAAAAAACCACAAUACCAAAAAUUGUCGAAGGUCAAAUCAUCAAAUCAGAUGAAAUUAUUGAAGAGCCAGCUAUUUCAACAAGAAGACAAGCGCUGAAACGAAAAGUCAAGAUUGAUCAAUAA